AUCCCUGGCGUUCGGAACGUGGCGUGCGCGGUUUCCAAUUCAAGAAGUGGUGAACAUCUCCAUGUUGUGUGUUGAAUGGUGGAACAGAAAUUUGCCCCAAGUUUUCUCCAUGCUGAUUCCUCAAAUUCCCCCCUCUACCAGAAAUCGUGUGAGCUAGAGCUAGGAGCCGCAUCGAUAAGCAGCAGCACCUUAACAAUGUGCAGUGUGCAAUUGCUUUCGGGGAAAAUAAUGGCCCAGUAAAUUUGCAUAAAGAAUACCUAAUUGAAUAAAAUAUAAAAAAUUGGUGAGCUUUGCCGUCGAUUAGGUUGCGAUUUUGCAACAAAGCGCACAUUUUACCCGUAGAAUUUAGUUUCCCCGCGGAGAUAUUGUAGUUGGGGGGCUAUGUUUUGGGGUCUAUGCUGUAUCGUGUGGAUAGAUAAAUGUGCUUUUACACGCGUCUUUGCACUAUUGUGCAGCCAAGAGUGAAAGGUCUGAAAAAUUUGAUUGUUCCAGCAUUGGUUAAACAAUCGGUGGGAUCAAAGAAGAUUAUCAAAAUGGAGUGAUUGCUUGGCAUAAUUUGAAACCUUUACGAGCGGGUGAGCAGUUUUCAACAAAAAUUGAAAAAGGAUUGAGGGUGCGGCACUUAAUCAAAACUUUGGAAUACCAAUUAACGAAGUCGAAAGAUUAUCACAAGAAGUUGGCACCCUAAAGGCAAAUGGAUGGAAAAACUUAUUUUUCCGAAGAAGUUUAAAUUUGAAGAUGUGACAGUGAAAAGAAAAAAAUAUAUUAAUUUAUGUUUAAUUUUUUGUUUUCAAACAUUUUUUAUCGAAAUCACAAACGUUUUUCAUCGUAACCCAUGUAAAUUACAAUAAUCAAUUAUUCCUAGUGCGACAAUAAAAAGAAUUACUGUGAUAUGUCCUUGACAAUAAUUACCAGUGUAAAAUAAUCUACAAUAUCUAGAGUAUAUCGAAAUUAGUUAGCAAAUAAAGCCAAGUGAUUUUUGUGUAGAAAAAAUCGCUUCAAAUUCUUUCAAAAAAAAAAAAGUUGACUUGGAAUCCAGUUGCAGAAAUUUUGGCGCUCGACCCACAACGUGAAUGACCGCCAUUUUGAAAACGUAAGGAUUUUUCCAUCGAAAGCGACCCACAGCAGUCACGCUCGGAAGUCGCUCGCUCGCUCUCAUUCUUGCCAACGCACGCACCACCUACACCCACAAACAGACACGUGAAAAACUCGCUCCGGACCUGCUCCGGAAAAGCAAAAUUCGUUUCCCACGGGUCCUCUCCCCGUAGCAUAGUCAAUAUUCAUUAAACUGAGACGCCCACCACAACACUGCUGCUGCUAAAAUGAUGGCACCGGAUGACGACGGAAGCAACCGGAACCGGACCCAGCAAAAGUAUACUGGGGCAGACGACAUCCGGUUGCCGCAAACACUGAAAAAACAUGAAGAACAAACGGAUAGUAUAGGAAUCCACCCGAUUGCGGCCGCCAACAGCAACAGAUCUACUAGCAACGCCACCACCAAAACCGCCUCCAACGCCAGGGAUAUGGUCCUAAUGGGGCUUACCUUGCUGCUGGUCCUGACCGCUGCCAAUGUUGAAUCAAAAGCACCGGACCACUACUAUGGACGCGAAAUCGGACGCAUUAACAGUUUCGGCCACGGGGUUAAGGGUCUGGUGUUUGCCGUGGACGAAUCGACACUGUUCGUCAAAGGGUUCGCCUACGAUGGCAGUGCCCCGGAUGCAUUUUUCUGGGUUGGCAACUCACCCCGGCCCAGCCCCGAAGGCUACAUCAUCCCCUACCCGGAGGAGUACACUGGACGAGAUCCACCAGCUCUCGGUCAGCACGAGAACUCAGAUAUCAUCUUGAAGCUACCGAUGGGCAAACGGAUACGAGAUAUUCGCUGGCUAUCGGUGUGGUGCCGGAGAUUUACGGUUGAUUUUGGGGAAAUCUUCAUUCCUCCCGGGCUAGAUGUGCCUAAGCCACGUGUUUUGCCGGAAUUUAAACGCCUGGCUCACGGUCUUCGUUCGAGCAACAUCAGCAUCCUCGACGCUAAAACGUUCUACAUUCCUAACCUGCAUUACGAUGGGGCCGGACCGGAUGCAUACUUUUGGGUUGGCAAUGGUUCCGAACCGAACAUCAUGGGUAUCAAAGUUCCUAACGAGAUCGGCUCGCUGGAACCACUCCGUGGUUAUCAGGGCGAAGACAUCGAGAUCCAGCUGCCGGGUAAUUUGACCAUGUACGACAUCGAUUGGUUGGCCGUUUGGUGCGUCGAAUAUCGUCACAACUUUGGGCACGUGUACAUCCCGAAGGACUUGGAUAUUCCGCCGGCUUUGGGACAAACCAAAAUAGCGCCUCUAUGGUGGUACAAGCCGACAACAACGUCGACAAUGCCCACAAUCAUAGCCCACGGAACGACGGCCAAGGCCAAGAGUGUCAACUGUAAGGAGCUGAUCCGGGGCAAGUUGAACGUCAUGUGGGACGUGGUGGGUGAGUACGUCGAAAUCGAGCUAGUCGGACGCAUACGAGAGAACCAGUACAUGGCAUUUGGUAUUUCCGGCCACAACGGACAGCCGCAGAUGGUAGGCGCCGAUGUAGUAGUAGCGUUCUAUGAUAAAAAUCGUCGAGAAUUCCGCGCCGAAGACUACUACCUAUCUGCGUUAGCUCAGUGUGAUGGAAAGCAGGGUGUCUGUCCAGAUGAACGAAUCGGCGGAAAGAACGACGUUGAGCUGAUAAAUGGAGAUAGAUCUCAUGGAGUGACACGGAUUAAAUAUCGUCGACUCUUGCAAACCAACGAAGCGGUCAACGACCAAGCUUUCCCAACGAAUCGCCAUGUAUCGGUGAUAGCCGCUAUUGGGCCGCUCAACUCACAAAGCGAAGCAAAUGCGCAUACCCAUCAAGAAGUCACCAUCGAUGACAUCCAGAUCAACUUCGCCUCCAAAAAUGAUCAUACCUGUACGGAUGCUCUGGAUAGUAUCCGCGAUCCGGAAGGUCCCGAAGUAUGGCCGAUUCGAAAAAUAGUCGGAGAAAAAAUGAUCUAUGCUAAGAUCGGACCAACUGGUGGAAAACGUGGCUACACACCAAUAACAGGCCAUCCCUCGUGGGGCAUCGCAUGGUACCUGAACGAUCUGCUGAUACCGGAAGUGUAUGUCGAGCGAGGCCAAACGUACACCUUCGUAGUGGAGGGUGGCAAUGAUUCUACCCAACCCGCGAAGUAUCAUCCUUUCUAUAUCACUGAUUCGCCGGAAGGAGGAUACGGCCAGUUGAAUAACUUGCAACGCAGUAGGGAAACCGUAUUUGCUGGUGUGGAAUUCGAUAAGGACAACUAUCCCUAUCCAACGGCGGCCGGUAGAUAUUGCGAGUGGAAACAUCGAACCGUCGAUCGUUGGGAGGAGUCGAAAACGUUUGAAGACUACAUGAAAACGGUCCAUUUGGAAUGCGACGAUCCCACCGGGCAACCUGCCUAUCUGAACUGGACUGUUGUCGAUGAAACACCAGAUAUGGUGUAUUAUCAGUGCUACACCCACCGGAAUCUGGGCUGGGUAAUUCGGGUGGUCAAUCCUGGCGAAACAGCGAAGAUCAACGGGGCGCGUGGUGUGUUUGUCGUUUCUUGUUGGCCCAGCUUGGCUCUUCUGGCACUGGCCGUGUGUACAAGCUUGUUACGAAUCAGUUCUCGUCAGCAUUUUUGAUAGUAGGUGAAUUAAAGAUAUGAUCCGGAACCACUGCAAUCAACCAACGCAACACUGUUGCAGUGAAUGAAUUUGUUAAAGUGACUUAAACUCGUUAGGAAGUCGGAAACCCGAAGCUAGCAAGCUAUUACGUAACCGACCGAUACAGAUUAGUAGCUUAAACGAAGUAAAAAAAAAUAGUUAUACCUAUAACAAAUCGUAUAAGUACACACGGCCAUGUGGCCAUGGGGUUUUUUUCUGGAUGUUUACCGGUGAUCCGAGAACUGCAUUUGCGUUGUAGGUAAAGUUGAAUUAGUUAAGUUUUAAACUGUUGGAUUUUAUUGAAAUAUAUUAUAAAGGUGAAACUUCGACAAGCUAGUUUGAGAUACACGUGAUAAUUUUUUAUGUAUUACCCAACAUUCAAAUUGUCUAAAUAAUGUUUUCAACUGUGGGUAGUUAUUGCGAGUAUUCAGAAAGUUCCAAGUGGAACUGGAUUUGAAAAAAAAAUCAGAUUAAAAAAAAAGAUCAAACUAAACAAAAUGUUUGAUUUCAAAAAAAUUAAUGGCCGAUACGAUUAGUUUUUUUUCAAACUAAGUUAUAUUUAAGUACUUUUCAGAGUGAUAUUUUCGAAGAUGAGAGAGACUUGAUCAUAUUAUUAGAAACAGAAAACUGUCAGUUUUCAUGUAUCUGUUUUGCAGCCAAUUUGAUUGCUGUUUUUUCGAUAUAGACUUCAAAGUGAUGCUUCACUGCUCAAAAAAACAAAUUUACAUGUGCGCAUUCAAAUUCAUUGGACACUUUUUCAAAACAAGACUUUUCAUUCAUAUGUUCGAAGAUCAAUUCCUUAAAAUGUGUUUUAUGUUUGCUUGAUAUUUCAAAGAUGGUAAGAGCAUACGACAAGAAAUGCAUCUUCUAUGACUGUUCAUCUCAGGCCAAUCCAUCUUUACAUGACCAAAAACAAAACACGAUGUGUUAGAUGCGCUAAUGAAAACCUCAAAUUUAUGAAGAUAUUAUAGAAGAAAGAGAGAGAGAAACAGUACAACAAUUGUGAUCCGGAUGACGCAUUUUAAAUUUGAACUAUUAAAUUAGUUUACAGAUUUACUAGCUGACAGUUCAAAUUGAAACACAUGUUAGACAUCGCUUCCAAGGUGUAAAUUCAAUGUUUUAAGCACACAAUAAAUAUUUUUAUGCUUAAGUCUCGCUGAUCUUCUAAGUCACUAGAGAACUCAAAAUCACAAGUUUUCUUUAAGUGAUGAAAAUAGACAUUCGCUGCAGCAUUUUUGCUGCAUUUUUUUACUUUUCAACGAAAGCUUAGCACAUUCUGAAAAGAGUUGUUAUUAGAGAUGUACCGAAUAUUCGGUUGGCCAAAUAUUCGGCGCCGAAUACCGCUGAAAACCCGUUAAGCCGAAUAUUCGGCUCACCGAAUAGUUGAGCUAAGUAUUCGGCCGAAUAGGCCGAAUAUCUACUACAGACUGAUAACAUUUCCCAAAUGGAUAAUUUAUAAAAUAUUCAAAAGUAACGUUUUAAAAGCUACACAAUCAUUAAAAACUUUUGGUUUUAGCUAAACAUCUAAGGUGUAUCCGCGUAUAUUCCACUGCUGAUCUUACAGGUUAUUCAGAUUAUUUUUUAAAUAAAAUAAAAGCUUGAAUUUCUCUAUAAAAACUUUUAAAUUUUUUGUUCAAUAACAAUAUUUCUAAAAUUUCAAAAUAAACAUAAAUUUUGCCCAUUUUUAAUUUUUUUUUUUCAAAAGUCGUCCUGAAUGCCUGACCGUGUGGAUACGUCUGGUUGAAAGUAUGGUAUGCUUAAGGGUAAAAAUCAUUUUUCUUUUCAAAAACUAUUUUGAAGUUAUCUUGCGCAGUUAUUGGUGACAUUUUAAAAAUCAGAAAGACCCCUACUUAAAAAAUACCUUGUUAUAUCAUCCGAUUAUAUCAUCUGGUAUAAAAUUAUCGACAUGAGGGGCAUUAAUAUGGAAGAAAUAGAAAGCAAUGAAAUACUCGCUGAAUUUAUUUUUCAUUAUAAACUCAAUAGAAUAUUCGACCGAAUAUUCGGCCGAAUUUUCGUUUGGCCGAAUAGUUGAAAAGGUCAACAGCGUUUUUUUUCUGUUUGCCAGCCCUGCGUUUUUCUGACUUUUACAUUAUUGUUAUCAUCGUGAAAACACUCCUUAUUGCUAUGUAAAACGAAUUCAAACUAUCUACAUCCGUCCACUAAAUACUAGUUAAUGGAAUAUUGCUGAAGUUAUUUUAAUCGUUUAGUUUAUUCGCAUUCUCGAGUUCACGGAACAACAUUUCCUACAAAUACCCCUAGCUUUAUUGGCCAACAACACACAAACAACCAUGCGAUAUCGCUUGAAAAACAUAUCUUUCGUAUGAAUGAGGAGAUGAGCUGCGCAUUGUACGCAUAAAAAGGAUACAAAAUAAAUGUUUAUGGGUUAAGGGAGUGGAUCCUGUUCUGCUAUCAUGGGUUAGGAAAAUAGAUAAUUAAUCAAUUGUUUAAAGUAGAAGUUGGCAAAGCCAAUAAUGGUGUGACGAGACAAAAAUCAUUUCCAUAGGGAUGCUUGUGAGAAAUGUAACUGUAUAUGAGGUUUUAGACGAUAAAUUGGGAAAAAUAAACAUUGUGAAAAACAAAAUUUCAUAGCAUAAUUCGAAAACGAAUGAUUUGCUAAAGCUGAAAAAAGACAAAUUAAAAGGUAAAGAAGAUUUUUUUCAAACAAAACUUAGCGAAACAUCGAAUACGGAUAAAAUGAUUUGAUUGAACAAGCUCUAUGCACAAUAAGAUGAAAAGAGCGGAAAUUAAACAUGUGAUCUUUAUUUAUCAACUAUCAAGAAUAAUAUUGCAUGCUCUUGGCGAACAAAAAAAAACAAACAUCGGAAAACAAAUGGACAAUAACAAAUAUCAAUUGAAAUCUAUUAGAAGCUAAAUGAUAAGAACCUAUACAUUGCACACUACAAUAAAAGCGUAGCUAUUAAAAAAAUAUCCAACUAAUGUAAGGCAAGAGGAAGGGCGUCAUCCGUAUUUUUGCGACAAUAAGAAACGAAUAACAAAGACAAUAACUAUAGUGUUACCAUUUUAAAUGUAUUUCAGAACUUCAUACCUUAGAUAGACUAAGAAAUUGAAUCAUUGCUAUCAUUACCUAUUCAUUUCCAUCUGAUAAGUUUAUUACAAUCUACGAGUACUUUCUUUAAACAUGCCCAGCAGCAUACUAAUAUGAAUAAAUCUGUGAAAAAAAUAAUUAUUUAGGUAUUACUUACUCAAAGAGACUGGAGCUGUUUGUUUCCUUAGUCGUUUGUCAUGAACCAAUAAUAACGGGAAACCCUAUAUAAAUCUAACGAUAAACCUAAAUUUGUUAAAACAUUGUGAAUCAAAAUUGUGAAAGAAAGUGGAUAAGGAAACUUAAAUCUGUAAAUUUUAUAAACGAACUCAAACAUAGGCUGGCGUAAUGCAAUUUAUUAAAUUUUACCACAAACAACCUUAAUCCAACUAAUAGCAAAAUAUUCGUCCUCUUUUCAAGAAGAAAAAUCAAAUAAAUAUAUCAUUAAACUAUCGACUCUUCAUCGCAACACUGUAAAUACAUUGCACAAAUUAGUGUUCUUUACACAUGUAUCAGUGAAAUCUACAGAGAAACAGAUAUUUAUGCAAAUAAUUCAUUAAUGAUGACCGAAAUAACGGAACAAACAAGAAAGAUAAAACGCAUCCCAACAAGGCAAUAAAUUAAUCAGCUUGGAAGAACGACACAGUUCAAUGAAGUACAAUCAACAAAAAUCUAAAUUUUUAAGAACAUCCUGAUUAUAUUGAUCUUUCUUUAUGCUGCCAUCCAACAUUUAAUCCUAAAUCCUGAAUUCUGAACGCAUAAAACUGAUUUCUAUUUCUUAUUUUGAUUCAUUAAUCCUGAUUUCUGAUUCUGAAUUCUGAUUCCGAGUUCUGAUUCUGAAUUC